UGCUUGGAGCAGUGGAACGCUCCGGUGGUGGGUGCUGGUCUCUUGUACCUGGCCCAUCCUGGGAAGGGGUGGACAGCUGCACUCUGCUUUCCCUGUGUUCUGGGAUGGAGCAGGGAGUGUGAGCAGUGGCAGGGAGGAAGCGUGACUUGGGAGAAAGAAAAUAGUUGUAGUAUCCAUGGAGAAUCUUAAAGGGACAUGACUGCCAAUGCCAGUGUCAAAAAACUUAGUUUCUGGGAAGACACUGUGAGUUUAAUUAAACUGAGUUGAGCUGCUUUGUAAGCAUUGAUUAUUUCAGUUGCAUUUCACGCAAUUUUGUAGCUGUGUAGAGUUAGUGUAGUGGUAGCAUCUACUGUCGAGGUUGCUGAAGAAUGAAAAACCUUCUCUAGAUCACACCACCAAUGCAAUUAUUAUUAAACUGUGUCCUGUGUUUGGUGGGAUAAAUGACAUUAAUGUCUGAGUUCAGUAACUUUUCCAUGUUAUUACACUAGUGAAAAAGAAGAGGUGUGAGAGAAGGAUCAGUGCAAAUUCUUUGGAUCCAAAGCAGCUUGGUCUUGCCUAGUGCUAUAGCAGGGUUAUUUGAUGAGUGUUUGUACAGUGUAACCCAUCCACCCCUGAAGAAAUUACUGGCCACAAGGCAGUGUGCAGGUUGUCUGUCAAAAGGUGCUCUGGCCACAUGAAGAAGUUCUUCCUGUUACAGAAUUAGAAGCCAGUUAUUCUUUCUUUGUGUUUUUUUUUUUUUCUUUCUGACUCAACUGUGAUGACUUUUUGUUGGAAAGCCUGAGAAAACACUCGUAGGGGUGCAGAGGUUUUGAAAUGACACGCUAACCCGUGAUGCAGCAGGAUUUCCUUGUGAGCAGGAGCAGGGGGGCUGAUUAAUCUGAGAGGAUGUAAUUUUUACUGGCUGCUCAGUAGAGAGUGUGCAGUUGAAAUUCCAUGUUGCUGCUGCUGAUGGACACGUGGAUUUACAUCAGUGAGAGUGGGUAGUGGGAACGAAGCUUUUCUGAAGCUGGGGGAACAAUUAAUGCCAGUUCUGGAGGUUCAGAGCACUUCACCAUCUAGAGCCCCUCUGUCCAGAGGACUGCAGUUCACAGCCUCUGGUGUUUCCUAACAUUUUACAAAGUUAGGAGCUGGCUGGUUCACUGAGGGACAGCAUUUCUGGCCUGCUGUGGUCCGAAGUUGUGAGGGCAGCUGAAGCCCUGCUGCUGGAGCCGUGUGCCUGGGGUCUCUGAGCUUGGCACCUCCUGUCCCUGGCCACAGCCUGCCCUUCAUGUUGUGCAGACUUGUUCGUGACUUCUUCUGCAACUGCUCUGCACCUUUUGAGAGCUGAGAAGACUGGACUUUGACAUUGUUUUCAUGAAAGAGGUUUCCAAGUAGUUGUCUUGUAAUAACUUUGAGAAGAAGUUCUAUGUAGCUCUUACUUCCAAGAGUGCUGCAAAAAUGAUUACUUCAGAUUUGCCAGUACUACAGGAUUCUACAAAUGAAACUACUGCACAUUCAGAUGCUGGCAGUGAGCUUGAAGAAGCAGAAGUCAAAGGAAAAAGAAAAAGGGGCCGUCCCGGCAGGCCUCCAGUUUUCUUUGCCCAGUCUGCCACGAAGAAACCCCGGAAGUCCCCGGCGGACAAGGGGCGUUCCGACGCUGGAGCUCGAGGGGCGAGCCGUGGCAGAGCCAACGGCCACCCGCAGCAGAAUGGAGAGGGGGACCCUGUCACCUUGUUCGAGGUGGUUAAGCUGGGAAAGAGUGCUAUGCAGUCUGUGGUGGACGACUGGAUUGAAUCAUAUAAACAAGACAGGGACAUAGCACUUCUGGAUUUAAUCAACUUCUUUAUCCAGUGUUCAGGAUGUCGAGGUACGGUAAGAAUUGAAAUGUUCAGGAACAUGCAAAAUGCAGAAAUCAUAAGGAAAAUGACAGAAGAAUUUGAUGAGGACAGUGGUGAUUAUCCCCUGACCAUGCCUGGGCCUCAGUGGAAGAAGUUCCGCUCCAACUUCUGCGAGUUCAUCGGGGUGCUGAUCCGGCAGUGCCAGUACAGCAUCAUCUACGACGAGUACAUGAUGGACACGGUGAUCUCGCUGCUCACCGGCCUCUCCGACUCGCAGGUCCGCGCCUUCCGGCACACCAGCACGCUGGCUGCUAUGAAGCUUAUGACUGCUCUUGUGAAUGUUGCCUUAAACCUGAGCAUUCAUCAGGACAAUACACAGAGGCAGUAUGAAGCUGAGAGAAACAAAAUGAUUGGCAAAAGAGCUAAUGAAAGAUUGGAGCUGCUGCUUCAGAAAAGAAAAGAGCUACAAGAAAACCAAGAUGAAAUCGAAAAUAUGAUGAACUCUAUUUUUAAGGGUAUAUUUGUUCAUAGAUACCGUGAUGCUAUUGCUGAGAUUAGAGCUGUCUGUAUUGAAGAAAUUGGUGUCUGGAUGAAAAUGUACAGUGAUGCCUUCCUGAAUGAUAGUUAUUUAAAGUAUGUUGGUUGGACACUACAUGACAGGCAAGGUGAAGUGAGGUUGAAGUGUUUGAAAGCUCUUCAGAGUCUGUAUACCAACAGAGAGUUGUUUCCCAAACUGGAGCUGUUCACUAAUAGAUUCAAGGACCGCAUUGUGUCCAUGACCCUGGACAAGGAGUACGAUGUCGCUGUGGAAGCCAUUCGAUUGGUCACGCUCAUCCUCCAUGGGAGCGAGGAGGCUCUGUCCAAUGAAGACUGUGAGAAUGUUUAUCACCUGGUGUACUCAGCACACCGGCCUGUGGCAGUAGCAGCUGGGGAAUUCCUCCACAAAAAGCUGUUCAGCAGACAUGAUCCCCAAGCUGAAGAGGCUCUAGCAAAGAGAAGGGGGCGAAAUAGCCCAAAUGGAAACCUUAUUAGAAUGUUGGUUCUUUUCUUUCUUGAAAGUGAGUUGCAUGAACAUGCAGCCUAUUUGGUGGACAGCUUGUGGGAGAGCUCUCAAGAACUGCUGAAAGACUGGGAAUGUAUGACAGAAUUGCUCUUGGAGGAGCCAGUCCAAGGAGAAGAAGCGAUGUCGGACCGGCAGGAGAGCGCGCUGAUCGAGCUGAUGGUGUGCACCAUCCGCCAGGCUGCCGAGGCGCACCCCCCCGUGGGCAGGGGCACCGGCAAGAGGGUCUUGACAGCAAAAGAAAGAAAAACUCAGAUAGAUGACAGAAAUAAAUUGACUGAGCAUUUCAUUAUUGCACUUCCCAUGCUGCUAUCAAAGUAUUCUGCUGACGCCGAGAAGGUUGCAAACCUCCUGCAAAUCCCUCAGUACUUUGACCUGGAAAUCUACAGCACGGGCAGAAUGGAAAAGCAUCUGGAUGCCUUACUGAAGCAGAUUAAGUUUGUUGUGGAAAAGCAUGUGGAGUCAGAUGUUCUGGAAGCCUGCAGCAAAACCUACAGCAUCCUCUGCAGUGAGGAAUACACCAUCCAGAACAGAGUUGACAUAGCCCACAGCCAACUUAUUGACGAAUUUGUGGAUCGAUUCAACCAUUCUGUCGAGGAUCUACUGCAGGAGGGAGAAGAAGCUGAUGAUGAUGACAUAUACAAUGUGCUCUCCACACUGAAGAGGUUAACAUCUUUUCACAAUGCUCAUGAUCUGACCAAAUGGGAUCUGUUCAGUAACUGCUACAGAUUGCUGAGAACUGGAAUUGAACACGGAGCUAUGCCAGAACAGAUUGUUGUCCAGGCACUGCAGUGUUCCCACUACUCUAUUCUCUGGCAGCUGGUGAAAAUCACUGAGGGCUCCCCUUCCAAAGAGGAUUUGUUGGUAUUGAGGAAAACUGUGAAAUCCUUCCUGGCUGUCUGCCAGCAGUGUCUAUCAAAUGUCAACACUCCAGUCAAAGAACAGGCUUUCAUGCUGCUCUGUGAUCUCCUGAUGAUUUUUAGUCACCAGCUGAUGACAGGAGGUCGAGAAGGGCUCCAGCCUUUGGUGUUCAAUCCAGACUCAGGCCUCCAGUCAGAACUUCUCAGUUUUGUCAUGGAUCAUGUGUUUAUUGACCAAGAUGAUGAAAAUCAGAGCAUGGAGGGAGAUGAAGAAGAUGAAGCCAACAAAAUAGAAGCUUUACAUAAGAGAAGAAACCUUCUGGCUGCCUUCAGCAAGCUGAUAAUUUAUGACAUUGUGGACAUGCAUGCAGCAGCAGAUAUCUUCAAACACUAUAUGAAGUACUACAAUGACUACGGAGAUAUCAUUAAGGAAACCUUGAGCAAAACCAGGCAAAUUGAUAAAAUCCAGUGUGCAAAGACACUCAUUCUCAGUUUGCAACAGCUGUUCAAUGAGCUUGUUCAGGAGCAAGGGCCCAACCUGGACAGGACAUCUGCCCAUGUCAGUGGCAUUAAGGAGCUGGCCCGGCGGUUUGCCCUCACCUUUGGCUUGGAUCAGAUCAAGACAAGAGAGGCUGUGGCCACACUACACAAAGAUGGCAUAGAGUUUGCCUUCAAAUACCAGAAUCAGAAAGGACAAGACUAUCCACCUCCUAACCUUGCUUUCCUGGAAGUGCUAAGUGAAUUUUCCUCCAAGCUCCUGCGACAGGACAAAAAGACUGUGCACACGUACUUGGAGAAGUUCCUGACAGAGCAGAUGAUGGAGAGGAGAGAGGACGUGUGGCUGCCGCUGAUCUCGUACCGGAACUCGCUGGUGACGGGCGGCGAGGACGACAGGAUGUCGGUGAACAGCGGCAGCAGCAGCAGCAAGGCCUCCUCCGUCAGGAACAAGAAGGGCCGGCCCCCCCUCCACAAAAAGAGAGUGGAAGAUGAGAGCCUGGAAGGCUCCUGGCUGAACAGGAAUGAGAACAUCCAUACUCCAGGGACACUGCAGACACCUCAGCUCACCUCCACUGUCCUGAGAGAGAACACCAGACAAAUGGGAGAGCAGAUCCAGGAGCACGAGUCGGAGCAGGGAUCUGAACAGGAUUUUUUACACAAUCCCCAGAUGCAGAUCUCGUGGCUGGGCCAGCAGAAGCUGGAGGAUCUCAAUCGGAAGGACAGGACAGGAAUGAACUACAUGAAAGGCAGAAGUGGCGUAAGGCACGCAGUACGAGGUCUAAUGGAAGAUGACGCUGAGCCCAUCUUUGAAGAUGUAAUGAUGUCCUCACGAGGCCAGCUAGAAGACAUGAAUGAAGAAUUUGAGGACACAAUGGUCAUUGAUCUGCCGCCGUCGCGGAACCGGCGCGAGCGCGCGGAGCUGCGGCCGGACUUCUUCGACUCGGCGGCGAUCAUCGAGGACGAUUCAGGAUUUGGCAUGCCCAUGUUCUGAAGUCUGGCGAAGACCUUUUACAAACUUGGAACUCUAUUGUUUAGAGCUAGAGGCCUAUAUACUGUGAUAGCUUGUAUGAAAACCACAUUUUUGAUGUGAUACGGUUUGAUUUUUAACCAAAUGAUUGAGGUCAACCCCUUGGUGUAGUGACGGAGAGAAGAGGAGCUUCUUAAUGACACACGGGAAUGUUGGCCAAUCCAGUCACCUCAGAAGGGCUGACCUAAAAAAUCAUUUGUAUCCCUGUUCUUGACUGUCCUAAUACGGAUUUUUUUUUUUUCUGGAUGAGGAGGAAGUUUUAAAUUGUUAAGACAGCUGUCAAAAUAAACACUGUUCUACAUAUGUUUUCUGAAAACAACAUUGAGUGAAAACAGAACUUUUUUAACUUUAUUUUUCUGCUGUACAAUUUAAAACAGUUUUAACAUUUGCCUUUUUAUGUUUUCAAAGCUAGCCAUUUUUAUUAAACCUAUGCCUAUCAGCCACUGACUAGCAAGGCUGCUGUGAGCAGGUCGCUCUGGCUACAGAAAAGUGUUUUGGAACACACUGGAUUUGAUUAACAUUAUGGUACGCUUAUGUCCUCUCAUAGGCAUGGAGAAGAACACUCUCAGAGAAGAGGUUAGAAUUCUAAUGACGUGCAUCUCUGCCAAAAAAUUUCAGAUUCUGAUAUGAUAAACCCAGAUUUUAUACUCUUGAGAAGAUUUAUUUUUAUUUAUAAUGGGACAUAAAGUAAGAGAUGUCCAUGAAGCCACUUUUCCAACAGAUGCUGUGUAACAUUCAUUUUAUAUAGCACAUGGGGACACAAAACCAGUAAAUUUUCUAUUGGUACUUGCUCUGUGCAUUUUUAGCAACUUAUACCAGCAAAUAAAGUAUUCUCAGUAAAACACACAAAUGGUUCUCAAGUAAUCACUUUGCUGUUUUUACUACCUACUUCAAGCCUGCCAACACAAGGUACAUAAACAGCAACUUUCCUAUUUAAAAAAAAAAAUAGUUCAAGGGUGGGGGAAAGGAUCACUUUAGCAUACUAAAAGUAAUUUUAACUGUACCAUAAAACAGAGUCUACUUUCCAUGCCGUAAAUACCCUUUUCCGCUAUUUUUGUAAAUUAAUUUUGCCAGUUAGAAGUACUGUAUGUGCUGCAUAGAAAUUUGUGCUUAGAUGGUGAAGUUCUUAAGCUUACAAUGGACUACAGCUACAUUUUCAGUGUUAACUGUGCAUAUUGAGAGUAAUUCUUUGGAAAAAAAAUAUGAUUUUUCAAAAAAGCUAAAAACAUCAAAAAAAAUCCAAAAAACCCCAAAACAUUCUCAGCUAAUUCAUUGUACUAAGAUAUUUUUCAAUGUCUUCAAUAAUUUGGAAUUUCAUUAUGCUUCGAUUUUAUGACUCGAUGUAGUAGCUGCUCCUUACCCAGCCUGGCCUGGCACCAGCAGUGCUGGCCCUGCACAGCUCCACAUCUCCAACAAUUGGCCCCAAAACCUUCAUCUUUCUGCACUCAGCAGCAGUUGGGAUACAAAGCAGACUGACCCACUUGGAGCACAGCAGUUUCAGAGGUGCUUUAGUUUUAGCAACUGCAGAAUAAUCCCGGAGCUUUUUUCUGUUUCAAGCUUACUGGACACCAGCCCAACCCCUCAGUGCCCAGCACGGGCAGGGAAAGAGCCCAAACUGGCCCAGCCCAGCACCUCACCCAGCUGGGCUUGGCUCUCACAACGUGCAGUUCUCAGACACGGUUGCCAAAAAUGUUUGACCAGGUAAUUCAGCCAUUCCUUACUGUGGGUUGGGGAUGUACUGAUCCCACAAAGUAGCUGGAACUUUAUAAACCCCAUUACCUCCCUCUGUGCACCCCCAUGGCCUGGGGGCAGGAAUGGCUGCAGGACCUGUCCCAGGAUCACUCUGUGAGCAUGGUGGCACAACAGAUGCUGCCCAGUUUGAGUCAGAGUCUCAGACAAACCUUGUGCUUCACAGUCCUCUGUGUGGAAAACUGAUUCCUAAUUUAACAUUGUAGAAUACUGUAUAACAAACAUUUAUUAUCAUGGUACCUGCAAUGGGUCUCCAGUUCAGUUUGCAGUCAAUAGGUUUUUGUAUUAUGAGUGUCUCCUUGAUUGGUUUUGCUAGUAAUUCUGUAAAUUGUACAUUUACAAUAUGAGGUUUUUUUUUUCCUUUUGUACAAUUUAAAACUGAUGCUUCACCUUUCAUUUAAUAAACUAUUCAAAAUCAUGAG